AUGAUGACUUCCUUCAUACUCGCUGUUCUCCUUCUCACCAUCUCAGGACUCACAAAAUCUCAGCCAACAAUCAACUACCCCAUUAACUCUCAGUUACCACCAGUAGCCCGGGUAGACGAACCCUUCUCUUACGUCUUCUCUCGUUACACAUUUCGAUCAGACUCCAAAAUAUCAUACUCACUUGGGGAUGCGCCAAAAUGGAUUUCUAUCGACAGCAAAGAUCGCCGGCUAUAUGGCAUCCCGACCAACGACACCGUUCCCAGUGGCGAUGUGGUAGGGCAGACAGUAGAGAUCAUUGCCAAGGAUGAUUCUGGCUCGACAUUGCUAAGUUCAACUCUGGUUGUGUCCAGGAACAAGGGCCCCUCCCUCAAAACACCACUUCUGGAGCAGAUUAAGGAUUUUGGCGACUAUUCGCCGCCAUCAUCACUAAUCUCGUAUCCUUCUACGGAGCUCAGCUUUACUUUUGGUGCCGACACAUUUGAAUACCAGCCCAAUAUGAUCAACUAUUAUGCGACUUCAGGCGAUGGCAGUCCCUUACCUGCUUGGAUGAGGUUCGAUGCUGGCUCAUUGACAUUUAGUGGCAAGACACCUCCUUUCGAGUCACUUAUCCAGCCUCCCCAAACUUUUGACUUCCAGCUUGUCGCUUCAGACAUUGUUGGCUUCUCUGCCGUGUCAGUUGCCUUCUCUGUAAUUGUGGGUAGACACAAACUCAGUGUUGACAACCCCAACAUCACUCUGAACACUACCAGAGGGAAGAAGCUUGCAUACAGCGGGCUAGCAGAUGGCAUCAAGCUUGACAACAAGCCUGUGAAGAUCGAUGAACUUGAGAUUUCGACAGACGGGAUGCCGGACUGGCUGUCCUUGAACAAGAAAACAUGGGAUAUCGAGGGAACACCAGGAAAAGGCGAUCAUUCAACCAACUUCACCAUCACACUCCGCGACACAUACCAAGAUACACUCAACAUAUACGCCACUGUCAAUGUCUCCACUGCUCUAUUUAGCUCAACUUUUGACAGUAUCAAGGUCGAGGCUGGAAAAGAUGUCGAUAUUGAUUUGCGGCCUUAUUUCUGGGACCCUGAUGACAUUGACCUUCAGAUUUCAGCCAGACCGAAGAAGGAUUGGCUAAGGCUCGAUGACUUUAACAUCACCGGGAAGAUCCCAGUAUCGGCUUCAGGAGAUCUAAAUAUUUCUGUGACAGCUUCGUCCAAGACUCUAGAUGACACAGAGACCGAGGUUCUAAAUUUGAGCGUGAUACCAUUCGAGUCUACAUCUUCGUCGACAACUCAGUCUCGCACUUCAUCAACAUCUACGGGCACGUCUUCUUCUGUCGCACCCACCGAAACCUCUGCAGAGCCUGAUUUACAGUCGUCUGAUUCAGAUGGGAGUCUGACAACCGGUACCCUCCUCCUCGCGAUUCUUCUGCCUCUUCUGGUCGUCAUAUUUCUUUCUAUGCUGCUUGUUUGUUGUCUCCUUCGGCGCCGUCGCAAACGACAAACAUAUCUCUCGUCCAAGUUUCGCCAUAAGAUCUCCGGGCCUGUCCUCGAGAGCCUUCGUGUCAACGGGGGCUCGGCGGCAAUGCGAGAGGCCGACAAAGUCGAGAUCAUCGCAGCUACAGGCAAACAACAACGCCGCCCGAUAAGGACACCUCAUUCUGAGAUGGAUUCGGAAACGCUAGUUAUGGCAUCUCCAACAUUAGGGUUCAUGGCAACACCUCUUGUUCCUCCGAGAUUCGUCGCUGAGGAUUCUAACACCAGUGUAUCUCGGUCCUUCGGUACAUCCAACAGCGAGGACGAAAGAAGAUCAUGGGUCACAGUUGGAACUGCAACUGCAGGGCGGCCAAGUCGUGACUCUCUGAGGAGCCAACGGUCGAACUCGAUAUUAUCACAGUCAACUAGUCAGCUGAUACCACCUCCGGUAUUUUUAUCAGAUGCAAGACGGAGGUCUUUCAUGGGGGGUAAUGAUGCAGCUGACUCCUCGCUCAACGGUCUCCCCAGCAUCCAAUCUCAAAGAGCAUUAUUCCAGCAGGGCUCUGACUACUACACAAGUGGCAAUGAAAGCUCACUGGCCUUCGCUUCCUCACAUCUUUCCAGUCCAAGGCUCCUGACCAGGGUUCCAACACAAGCGCCAGAUACUGGGCUCGGUUCUCAUACCUCAGUCGCUGAUGGUGAGGACCCUUCAAUAGGGGCAACUCAGAGCCUGCCAACAUUGAGACGGCCGGAGCUAGUACGUCUGUCCACCCAGGAACUACUGGGAGAGGAUGUUGACCCUAGUAGCAGGCCAUGGUAUGAUUUAGAGGCACCCAGAGGGCUUUUCAGUGACCCGUCGUUUGGUUCCGGGGAGAACUGGCGUGUGUACGAAUCCCAGCGCGAUGUAACAGGCGCGUCAUAUCACCAGCUCGUGGACGAGUCGCCUUUCCAUCCACUUCGACCAAGCACGGCGAUGAGUUCGAGCCGUGAUGGAGCACAGCCUGGAGAGCGGGCAGACUCGGAUCUGAUAUCCCCAAGCCAAUGGGGAGAUGCUCAGAAUAGCAUCAGGGGAUCAUUGGCGUCUUUACGGCAAGGUUUGGGGCAUUCGAUGAGCAAGUUGUCUCGCUUAAGUGUAGAUCCGCUCAGUGUUCCUGGCAGCAGACACUCGAAGCCAGCAGGAAACUCAUCGGUGAACUGGAGAAGAGAAGAUUCGGGUAAGUCAGAAGGUGGCAGUUAUGCCUUUCUCUGA